AUGUUCGUCGUCAUCUCCGUUGCGAUCCUCUUUGGUACGCUCUACUAUGUAUGGUACCGCGUAUUCUCCUACCAAGGCCUCCCGAAGACACUAUCCUUUGCAGGCUCGGAUGGCUCUUUUCUGUCUCGUGGGCGCGCUUCGUUCAAGAGUGUACUCCAUCUUGACUCCCUUCUCUGGGCAGGCCAUGUUGAACACACCAAAGUGAACCGGCCAUACAUCCUUCCAGACUUGUUCACCGGGCACCAAGUUAUUCUGCCUAAGUCACAGUUCUCAUGGCUUACCAAACAGCCGGCCAGUGUGCUAAGUCAACGUGAGAGCAACAACGUAUUCUUGGCUGCAGACCACACGUUCCUCAACUGUGUCGCGGCAAGUGAUGCCGAGUGGACCUUCGUUGUCAAUGUCAUCAAACAGAUUACGAAAGAGCUUAACAACAAGACCGACGACAUAAUAGAGGAGAUCAACGAUGCACUUGCGCUGCUAUGGGGCAGUGAUGACAAUGAUUGGAAGGAGAUCGACUUACUGGACGCUAUGCUCCAGAUUAUGAGUCGAGUAGUGAGCCGUGUCUACGUCGGACUGCCUCUGUGCCGAGACGCUACUUAUAUCGGCAGUACGACACGCUUCGCCAAGUUCAUCCUUGUUGAAGCGCUACUCAUUCAGCUCACACCAAAUAUCCUCCGACCCCUCGUCGGCCCUGUUCUGGCGCGCUACGACUGGGUCCAGUUCACACGCCAGGCUCGCCGAGUCAGCCCAAUCAUUAAAGAGCGCGUGGGCAGGCUCGGGUCAGAGAAACCAGCAAGCGAUGAUGCAAAAAGGGACCUCUUGACGGAACUGAUCGAGGAAGCUUACCGCCGCAAUGAAGACCCUUGCCAAACCACCAGCCAGACGACAAGGCUCCUGGCCAUCCUGAACUGGGCUGCCAUCCAGGUCCAAGCCAUCACCCUCGAGAACGUUUUGAUUGACUUGGCACACGCACCGGAUAGCCUCGCCCUCCAACAACAGCUUCGAGAGGAGGCAGCUGUUGCUUCGAGGACCGAGCCCCCCUCGGCGCGUUGGACCAGGGCUGAAGUCGCCAAGUUGCCAAAGAUUGACAGUGUCUUGACCGAAAGUCUGCGACUUUGGGGGUUCUCGCACGGUGUCGUUAAGGUGGUAGUCGCCAAGGACGGUGUGACGCUUCCUUCAGGCGAACACAUCCCAUGUGGCGCAAAGAUCGGCGUGGGAAGCUAUGGAAUCCAUCACGACGAUGACGUCUACCCUGGAGAGCAGUUUGAGUUUGACCCCUUGCGCUUUACAAAAGACAAGGAGCCGGAGAAACUUGACGGUCUCAACUUUGCCAAGACCAAUGAGAAUUACUUGGCGUUUAGCCAUGGGAAGUACUCCUGCGCUGGCCGCUUCUUUGCAAACCACUUGAUGAAACUGCUCUUUGCUCAGAUGCUUCUGCAGUACGACAUCAAGCCCAACGAGGAUCCUCGGCCUCGGAACCCGUGGCUGAGUUAUGUCUCGCCGCCGCCUUUCGGGUACAAGCUCAGUAUCAGAAAGAGAACUCAAUCUGUUGCUGAGGUGUGA